AUGGCGGAGCCUUCCGAUCGUCGGUUCUUGGUGGGCUACGCGCUCUUGCCCGAGAAGGAGCAGAGCUUCAUCCGGCCCUCUCUCGUGACCACAGCUCGUGACCGCGGCAUUGAUCUCGUCCGCAUCGACUCCUUGCGGCCCCUCAUCGAGCAGGGCCCCUUCGACUGCGUGAUCCACAAGCGCCAAGACGAAAAAUGGAGGCUCCAGCUCAUCGAUUUCAGAGCCAAGAACCCCAGCAUACCCAUCGUCGACCAAACCCUCCACAAUAUCGAUCUCCUCCUCAACCGCAUUACCAUGCGGGAGUUCGUCUCCAAGAUCAAUAUACAUCCUGGAACAGAGACCUUCGGGGUCCCAAAGCAGAUGGUGAUCUACCACCAGAACAAUGUCUUGCACAAUUACUAUGAGAAGAUCGAGUCCUGCCUCGGGUUCCCCAUCAUCGUCAAGCCCGUCCGCUGCAACACAAGCAAUAAGUCACACAGGAUGACCUCUCGCCUUGGUACUAUCCUUUCCAUGCCAUGGCUCCAAUUUCCCAUGGUUCUACAGCAGUUCGUCAAUCAUGGCGGGGUCGUUUUCAAAGUCUACGUCGCAGGAAAUUACGUGCAGUGCGUGAAAAGAAAGUCCCUCAAGUUGCAAAGGCGGUGCGUGAAAAGAAAGUCCCUCAAGGAUAUACGCGGCGAUGAUCUCUUUCCCUUUACUUACUCUCGUGUACCCCCUGGACCCUAUCAGAACCCUGAAGACGUCGAAUAUGCUGAAAAUCUUGAAGCGGCAGAGCUUCCUUCAUCGAGCUGUCAGAACCCUGAAGACGUCGAUGACGAAGAUGUAGAAGCAGCAGAGCUGCCUCCACAGAGCUUUCUGGAGAAGAUAGCAAGGGGCUUGCGGCAGGCUACGGGAUUGCGACUCUUCAACUUCGACAUGAUAAGGGAUGCGGAUGCCCGCGACCAUUACUUCAUCAUCGACAUUAAUUACUUCCCCGGCUACUCCAAGAUGCCUGGUUAUGAAGAAUUUGUAACCAACUUUUUAUGGGACAUGGUUCAUGAGAAAGGGGAAUCUGAUGCUGGCAGUUCUUCUUUCUCCGCCACGGACUGA